AUGGGCCAGACGUGGCCGUCAAAAAGGCCAGGUGUCAUCACAUAUGUUUAAUCCUCAUUAUCAUGGCAACACAGAAAUAUGAGAGCAUCAUCUCCAAGAGUGAUCAGAGAUCUGAUGGACCUCCUGCUGUCUACCAGCUGAGACCAAAGAAACAGAAGUUUGGAACAAGAAUGACUGUUGGAGAAAAAAAUCCAAACAAGACAAACAGAACCAUCUUACUGUUGGGAGAAACAGGAGCAGGAAAAUCCACACUGAUCAAUGCUCUGCUCAACUACACCAUGGGAGUGAAGUGGGAGGAUAGAGUCUGGUUUACGAUCGCAGAGGAGGAGAGAAGAAGUCAGACAUCAGAUGUGAUGGUGUACGAGAUCUUUGGUUUUGAAGAUGAAACUCUGCCCUACUCUCUGACCAUCAUCGAUACUCCUGGAUAUGGAGACACCAGAGGGACUGAACAUGAUGACAUCAUCAGUCACAGAUUGUUGGACUUGUUUCAAUCAGAUGAUGGAGUCCAUGAAGUUCAUGCAGUGGGUCUGGUGAUGAAGGCGAGUGAAAAUCGACUGGGUGACCGACUGCUGUAUGUCUUUGAUUCAGUGAUGUCUCUGUUUGGAAAAAACUUGGAGAAAAACAUUGUAGCUCUGAUCACACACUCAGAUGGAAGCAGACCUAAAAACCCUCUUCAAGCUCUUGAAGAUUGGAAUAUUAAAUGUGCCAAAAAAGGGAAGAAUCAGCCAGUUUACUUCCUGUUUGAUAACUGCCAGCUUGAAGAUGAGGAAGAAGAAUUUCUGAAACUAAAUUUUGAAAGAUCAGAGAGAGGAGUGAGAGAGUUCACAGCCUUCCUGAAAGAAAGUACACCUGUGCAGCCAGAGGCAACUCCUGAAGUGUUAAAGGAAAGAAUCAGACUGACAGCCUGCAUCCAAAACCUGCAAGAAAGAAUCAGAUUCACUGAAGUGAAACAGAGAGAGAUGAAACAGACUCGGGAAGCUCUGCAGAAGAAUGAAGUGGUCACUCCAUGUGUUGUUUUUAAACAUAAAGAACCUAUCAGAGCAGAGACGUGUGGGCCGGGUUUGAAAGCAGCUGUCAGCUGUACAGUCUGUGAGGAGAACUGUCACUAUCCUGGAUGCACGGUGCCCUUAAAUCACUGUGAGGUCUUUAGAGAUGGUCUCUGCACGUCAUGCACCAACAAGUGUCCUGCAUCAGUGCAUGUGAAAGAAAAGAGGAGAUAUGUGACCAGGAUAAGGAGAGGUCAGAAAAAUGAACCACCAGCAGAAGACAAGGAUGUUUAUUUAUUUGGAAAGGAAAUGAAACUGCUGGCAGCAGAGAAGUCCCAGUUCCUGGACGAGUCCUACCAGCAUGCUGUCAGACUGGAGGAAAUCGCUCUGAAAGCUGAUUCAGCAUCCACUGUUGUCCACUUGGACUUCCUGAUUGAGAAGAUGAAGCAGAAAGGAGACACAGAGAAGGUCCAGAAACUGGAGGAGAUGAGAAGGAGAGAGGAUGAAGAAGCACUGUGGAUUAGUGAACCCAUGAAGACAUCACAUGAAGACAUCAUCUCAAAUAGUUUUCUCAUCAGUUCAGGACCUCCUGCUGUCUGUCAGCUGAGACCACAGAAACAGAAGUUCGGAUCUCUGACAAGAAUGACUGUUGGAGAAAAAAAUCCAAACAAGACAAACAGAACCAUCUUACUGGUGGGAGAAACAGGAGCAGGAAAAUCCACACUGAUCAACGCUCUGGUCAACUACACCAUGGGAGUGAAGUGGGAGGAUGAAGUCUGGUUUACGAUGGUAGAGGAGGAGGAGAAGAAGAGUCAAUCAGAAGGACAGACAGAAAGUCAAUCAGAAGGACAGACAGAAAGUCAGACAUCAGAUGUGAUGGUGUACGAGCUCUUUGGUUUUGAAGGUGAAACUCUGCCCUAUUCUUUGACCAUCAUCGAUACUCCUGGUUAUAGAGACACCAGAGGGAUCGAACAUGAUGACAUCAUCAGUCACAGAUUGUUGGACUUGUUUGGAUCAGAUGAUGGAGUCCAUGAAGUUCAUGCAGUGGGUCUGGUGAUGAAGGCGAGUGAGAAUCGACUGGGUGACCGACUGAAGUAUGUCUUUGAUUCAGUGACGUCUCUGUUUGGAAAGGAAAUUGAGAAAAACAUUGUGGCUCUGAUCACACACUCAAAUGGAAGCAGACCUGAAAACCCUCUUCAAGCUCUUGAAGUUGGAAAUAUUAAAUGUGCCAAAAAAGGGAAGAAGCAGCCAGUUUACUUCCUGUUUGAUAACUGCCAGCAUGAAGAGCGAAUGGAGGAAAACACAAUUUCAAAAAAUACAUGGGAACUCACACAGAAAAACAUGGAUCAGUUCACAGACUUCUUAGAAAAAUCUAGUCCUCAAAAACUGAUGACAACAGUUGAAGUGUUAAAUGAACGGAUAAGACUGAAAGCCUCCAUCCAAAACCUGAAAGAGAGGAUAGAGUUUAUUGACCUGAAACAGACAGAAAUCAGACAGAUUCAAGAAGCUCUGAGAAUCCAAGAAAUUAUAAAUAAACAUGAAGUAGAGAUGAAGAAAAUUAAGGAAUUCACUGUAGAAGUUGAUGAGCCCUAUAAAGAUAAACAACCUAUUGAUGGUGGGCAGAGAUUGUUGUUUUUUUACAGAGGAGCUGUCUGCUGUACAGUCUGUGAGGAGAACUGUCACUAUCCUGGAUGCACAAUGGCCUGGAACCCUGCACACUGUAAAGUCAUGAAAGGAGGUCGCUGCACUGUUUGUACCAACAAGUGUCCUGCAUCAGAUCAUGUGAAAGAAAAGUGGAGAUAUGUGACCAAGACAAGGAGGGUAAUGAAGACGAAUGAAGAAAUGAAAAAGCAGUAUGAGAAGAAUGAGCUAGAAUGUGCGCUGGGGAGGAGUCGAUUACAAACUCUUACAAAGGAAGUGAAUGACCUAACAGCAGCUGAUUCAUCUCUGAACAAAGAAGAAAUGGAGCAGAAAUAUGAAGACCAUCAAAAAGAAAGUGAGAAGAAGUGUACCCUGUUAGAAAAUCUUGAAAAGGAAAUUAUCCAACUGACAGCCGAGAAGUCACAGUUCCUGGACGAGUCCUACCAACAUGUUGUCAGACUGGAGCAGAUCGCUCUGAAAGCUGAUUCAGCAUCCACUACUGUCCACUUGGACUUCCUGAUUGAGAAGAUGAAGCAGAAAGGAGACAGAAAGAAGGUCAAGAAACUGGAGAAGUUGAAAAGGAUCAGUUUGACCUCAUCACCACAUGAAGACAUCAUCUCAAAAAGUUUUCUCAUCAGUUCAGGACCUCCUGCUGUCUACCAGCUGAGACCAAAGAAACAGAAGUUCGAUCUCUGACAAGAAUCACUGUUGGAGAAAAAAAUCCAGAUGAGACAAACAGAACCAUCUUACUGGUGGGAGAAACAGGAGCAGGAAAAUCUACUCUGAUCAACGCUCUGCUCAACUACACCAUGGGAGUGAAGUGGGAGGAUGAAGUCUGGUUUAUGAUCGCAGAGGAGGAGAGAAGAAGUCAGACAUCAGAUGUGAUGGUGUACGAGAUCUUUGGUUUUGAAGAUGAAACUCUGCCCUACUCUC